AUGUCUCUGAAACAUAUUGCCACCAAAAAUGCGCCAGGGGCACCAAUCCCCGGACUGUUCUCUCAGGGUGUGAGAGCGGGUCCGUUCUUAUGGACUCAGGGUACUCCAGGAGCCCUUCCAGAUGGUACCAUGGUUAAAGGGACGAUUCAGGACCGCACAAGACAAGUAAUUAAGAACCUUGAAGCGGUACUGGCUGCUGAGGAGAUGUCAUUGGGGGAUGUGGUGAAGGCAACCAUUUACAUAAAGAACUUCGAUGAGAAUUUCCCUUUAGUCAACCAGAUAUGGGAAGAGAUGAUGCCUGAGCCACGCCCUACUAGAACGUCAUUAGGUGUUGCUCAAUUGCCCGCCGGCGGAACCGACGUCGAGAUCGAAUUUGUGGCAUAUAAAGCUUAA